GAUGUACCUGUAUCAUCGCACCAUGAUUACCAAGUGCAGGAUGAAGCUGAGAAGGCCGGCGUUUGCAUUCACUUCGACAGAACGCUCAGUUUAGAAGAUACCUCAUUGGAGGAUCGACGCCUAUGCUUCCACGACUCGGCUGGAGGAAAGCACUUUGUCGACCUGUCGCUGAAUACAGCAGUCGUUGGUUGUGAUGGAGCUGGGAGUCGACUACGACACGCCUUGUCGAAUGCUGGAGUGCUUACCUUCACUGAGGAGAUGAUAGGCCACGGCUAUAAGGAGAUCACCUUCCCGGCCUUAUCAACUAGUGAUGGCUCAUGGGGCAAUUUCGCCAUGCACAACGAGAGCCUCCACAUCUGGCCGAGAGGAGAUUUCUUCCUGAUGGGUCUCGCCAAUUUAGACGGCAGUUUCACCGGGACUAUCUAUGCUAGGAACGGCCUCACUGGUGAAGACAACGAUGCCCAGGUGACUUUCCCAUCGAUAACAAAAAAUGAGACAACCGCUCGAGAUUUUCUAGCGCAGUAUUUCCCUGAUGCCCAGCUGGCUCCCGACGCACCGACAGAACUCAUUUCGAACGCACAGGGGAAGCUGGGGAGCAUCCGUUGCAACACGCACACCGCGGAGGUCGCUGGAGUGCCCUAUCUCCUAGCUGGUGAUGCUGCUCAUGCAAUUGUCCCAUUUUUCGGUCAGGGAUGCAACUGUGGCUUUGAGGAUUGCAUUGUCCUCGACGAGCAUUUACAGGAUAAGUCGCGACCACUGGCCGCAGCCUUCAGAGCGUAUUCAUCUCAGCGACUGAUCGAUACGAAUGCUAUCGCAGAUAUGGCUCUAGAUAACUUCAUUGAGAUGAUGAGCCGUGUGGCUGAUGCCAAGUUUUUGGUGCGCAAAAAAGUGGAAACAGCCAUCAUGGGUAAGCUACCGCAGAAAUACCGUUCUCGGUACACCUUGGUGAUGUACUCGUACAACUCAUAUAGCAAGUGCCUCAAGGUCGGACAGGUCGCCGCCGGCAUCUUGGAAGAGAUCAUAGCACAGUGCAAGAUAUCUUCGGUGGAUGAGGUUGACUCUAAACUAGACUUCGAGUUCAUAACGGAUCUGCUGGAGAGAAAAUAUCUUCCUUUUCUCAAUGAAUUGGGUGUUUCUUUGACGUUUGCCGCUUGA